AUGACCAAAUCACCGCAUCCAAAUAUUUUCAGUGGAAAUAAUGUUGAAGAAACAGUGGUGGAUAACAUUUAUCUCCCUGAGGUAUCCCACGUGGUAUUGCCCCACGUCAAGUUGUCCUGCAGGCCCGUGACGAUCUGCGGCGAAGUGACCAUUCUGCACGGAGGAUUCCUGCUGGCGUCCAGGCUGUGCCAUCCUAAAUCGUUAUCCGAACUGGCCAAAUCUGACUGGCCGGUGGUGGGCAAACCCAUCCUGGAAGCCCUGCAAGAGAUCUGCACCUCCUAUUCCUGUUAUCCACCCCAGCCCAACCUCUGGAAGAAAAAAGCCGCCGUUGUCCUUUGGUCCAAACUCAUCCUCUCGGGCGUCCCGUCCGACGAAAGGUGGAAGAGCGAUGCUUUCUUCUCCGUCAGCAACGCGAUCCCGGAGAUCAACCAUACUGUUCUCUUUGAGCUCUUCAAGGCCAUCAACGCGCCCCGGCUUUUCACCCAGCUGCUUCUGGCGUUGCCGGAUGCCCUUUGCCAAAAAGAACUUCGGAUGUUCGUGGAGUACGUCUCCAAGGAUACGUCUCCGGCGGACGCCGCAUUCUUCCUGGACGUUUGGUGGGAGAUUAUGAAGCACAAAAGAGGCGAGGAAGACCGCUUGGUGCUGCUCUUCCAAAACGUCACCCACCAACACGUUUUGGAGUCCGAAGAACUGGACCAGCCUCCCAAGAGGUUCAAGAGCGGCCCUUCAUCCGUGCCGGAGAACUCCGCCGUCCAUCUCGUCCUCCCGAUCUUGACUGAAGGGCUCAAAACGAUCAAAGACAACCUCGGAUCGAGCAGGAUGAAGUGUUACGCCCUUGCUAACUUAGUGGAUGUCUUGUCUGCCUUGAUGACCACCGAGUGCGAAGCGAAGGUGUUAUCUCCUCAGGCUUACUUGGAGAAGAUCUCCUCGGUGGUGACCCUCUGGAGCAGUGACGGUGAAAACCGGUACAGCAAGAAGGACUUGGAUGCGAAGGUGAAGGAAGCCGAGAGGAGCAUGAGUUUGCUGGACAUGGUCAAGUUGUCCAAGCAAUCGGUGUUCUCCAACCUAAGUUUCCUCCUCUCCUUGCUGAAGGAGUGGUCUUCAGAUCUCCUGGUCUUCUUGAAUGAUCCACGGCAGGUCUGCUACGAAAGCUACCGGCUCCUCGAAUGCUUGGCAUCUUUGCAGAAGAGGUCGGCUGAUUGCGGUCCGGAGGACCUCGACCAAGCCCGAGUGAUGUUGGAAUUGAGCAAAGUCAUCGCAGACCUCCUGAAGAAGGUCCACCCUGAGACUUGGGGGAAGAGCGAUGCCGGCGAUCUGGUGGCCUCGGUCGCCAUGGUGAUCAUUGACAAGAAAAUGGACCGACACAAAGACGUGUGCUCCGUGUUUGCGAAGGAGAAGAGCUGGGCCUUGAGCAAGGAUUGGGUGGCUUGCCUCGUGAAGAAUAAAGAACUCUUCCAGGAUCCAGAACUGAUCUUGAAGUUGCUGGAGACCGUCGCAUCUCUAGAAUCCUCUAAGGAUACAUCCAGAAACCAAAAAGAACAACAAACCAAGAUGGUCAUGAUCAUCCUCGAGUGUUACACCGAACUUUCCUUGCCGGAUAAGAACAAGGUCAUUGCUGGCGUUUUGGCGACCUGGGGCAGACAAGGCGUCUCCAAGCUGAUGGUAGCGUUCUCGGAACGAUUUCAGGAGGAACUCAACGUGGCCUUCAACCAGAUCAUCAAGAGCGCCUCUGGGGAAACUUUUAAGAAAGCCAUCCUUGCUGUGUCUCGGCUGGUGGUCCUCAACCCAGAAGGUACCAUCAAGAAGAUCAGCAAUUUAGCUAUCGCCAACUUGGGAACCCAUCAGUACUUGGCCGAGAUCCUCUGUUCAUUCCCAGCUCUGAACUUCCAAGAACCUCAGGGUCAACCCGACGUCUCCGUCCACUUUCUCCUAGAAUGUUUGAAGGAGGCGGUGUGGGACCGUCUCUCUUUCCCCAAGGAGAAGGAGCAGUUUUUAGAGUUCCUAGUUCACCUCAUGCAGCCAAGUGGGACAAGCCCCCUCCUCUCUCCUCCAGACGUAAUCCAAAGCUUGAUCUUCCCGUUUCUGAAAUCAGAUUCUCCCCGGAUUGAGCUCUGCUUGCAGAUCCUCGACAAGGCUUUGAAAGUCCCAUCGGAACAGAGCUGGAUUCAUACCUGCCACCCGUUUCCCCUCGUCUUUUCUCUCUGCAAACUCCUGGAUGGGUUCUGCCAAUAUUGGCACCAACCACAAGACCAAGAGAGGUGUUCCUUGGAGACCAAAGAUUUGGUGGUCACCAACCUAGCCCAGCUUUGUGAUAUCCUUCUGGUCCAGAAGGACUCCUUGUCUCCACAGCUGUGGACCCAAUCGGUCGCCUGGUUGCACAAGAAGAUCAGCGUCUUGGACUGGACCAUCGGCCUCCGUGUGAAGAACCUCUUUGGGGAACAUUUCAAGAACGAAGUCCCGGCUACUCUUUUCGAGGUGUGUAAGCUUCCGGAGGAGGAAUGGACCAGCCGUCCGCUCCCAAAUUAUGGGCCAGGCAGUGGGUUGCUGGCUUGGUUGGAGACGUGUUGCGUCUCAACGGCCCUGCGGGAGCAGAUGCUCGUUCUCCUCGUGAUUAACGUGGACAACCCCGAAGAAGUCAACCUCUUCAGCAAAGGGUUCUUGGUGGCCCUUGUGCAGGUCUUUCCGUGGUGUAGCCAAAGCGAGUGGAGAAGACUUGUCCACGUGAUCAAAAGUCUCUUGGAACGGGAGAUCCUCUAUGUACCUUACUCGCUGGAGUAUGUCCAGUAUUUACCGUUGUUGAACCUCCGGCCUUUUGCCUACCACCUCCAGUUGUCCGUGCUUCUCCUGCGGGCCUUCCAGUUCCUCUGCGGUUCCAGCGGCACGACAUGGAUGCCAACGGAGGCAUGGAAACACGUAGGAAGGCUCUACUGCCUCGGCUUAUCCGAUCUGCUGGGAUCGGUGAAGACCAUCGCCCGUGGCCAGUUUCACUCUGCGGAAGAGAAGAACGUCAUCCGGGAGUUGUCCUUUGUUUACAUCCAGAUGUUCUGCCACGCGCUUCACGUGGCCGCUAUGCUGCCCAACCACGGCACUGAGGAACCUCUCCUGCUCCUCUCCUUGGAGAUCCUCUCGCAGUACGAGAUGCUGUACGACCUCGACGAAUCGCUGGGGAGCGCCCUGCGCAAGGCGAACGAGGCCCACUUCCUGGAGUCCAUCGUGGAGAACGUCACCAACAAGGAACUGCGCACCAUGCUUCUCCAUAAGCUCCAUAAGCUCUGAGGAUCCAAAUUCGGGUUCUAGGAGGCGCGUCGGUUGGGGUUGGAGAGAAGCCAAAACAGCGUUCAAGUCGCGGAGAGAAAAACCACAGCGGGAAAUUUGCAAGAUCUAUAAUAAACCUUUAUUAUGUCUUU